AUGGCAGAAAAUGUCAUUGACUCUGACCUGAACUUGCCUGAACAACCCAGAGCGAGGCUACACACCAUCCCUGAUGGCCAAGGUCAGAGCCAUUGUCCCAGAACACGAGCUGCUGCUCUGCUCGCUGUCCUGCUUGUGAUCAUCCUCCUGCUGGCCAUAGCCCUGUAUCUGACACUCACCACGGGCAGCCAACAGGACUCAACAGCAUUGACCUCCAGCAGCCAAAAUGUCUCAGCACCAUUGUCCCCCAGCAGCCAAGAGGAAUCAACAGAGUUACCCCCCAGCCAUGAGGAGGCACCAGGAAGAAGUUGUUGUUCCACAACACGAGUUGCUGUCCUGGUCACUGAGAUAAUCGUGCUCCUGCUCCUUGUUGUGUGUCAGGUACUCCCAUGUCAAAGCCAUUGUUCCAGAACACAAGUGUCUGUCCUGGUUGUUGUCCUGGUUCCCAUUGUAGUGGCCCUCACCCUGUCUUGGACACUCCCAUGCAGCCAAAAGGGCUUAACAACAUUGUCCUCCACCACUCAAGAGGACACAACAACAUUGUCCCACAUCCCUGAAAGGAGACCAGGCUGCCCCAUAGCAUGGAAGAAACAUGGCAGAAAAUGCUACUUCUUUUUUCCAGAGAGGGAAGCAAUGGACUGGAAUGCCUCCCGUGCAGAAUGCACUGCCAUGGGCUCAGACCUGGUGGUCAUUGACAGCAGGGAAGAGCUGAGGUACUUGCUCUCACAAUCAAGAUAUAAAUACUACUUCCUUGGUCUCACACGCUCUCCAGAGGAGCAGAAGUGGAAGUGGAUCAACAACGUGGAACAUGACCCAGCCAUGUUCCGUAUAUUAGAACUUUACCGUGACUUGCACUGCACUGUGAUUGGACGUGGUGAAGUACAAACUGCACCUUGUCGUGGAACCCGAGCAACACAAAAUAUGUGUGAAAAACCUGCAACAAUUUCCAACAGGCAUCUGUAGGAGAGCUAAAACCAUCAUGUGCAGGCUGAUCUGUUCUGCCCAGCUUCCUGUAGGAACCAUGGAUGGGAUGUGUCCCAUUUCCCUUGAGCUGCCCAGUCUCUGCUCCCAGGCUCUCCUGCAGCC